GAUUUUUUCCUUUUUGGUUCCUCACAUCUUUCUUCCCUUCUCUCUCUAUUUUCUUUCUCCGGUCGAUCAAAACCCUAGGGAUCGAUCGUAUCAUGUAGUGACGCUUCUUCUUCUCUUUUGGGUUCAAAAGACGAAGAGAAGAAGCUGUUCAGGUGUUCUGGGUUUGGUUCCUCGUUGACCCGAUUGAUUUGUAACAUUUGUUCUACGGAUUCUUUUGACGUGAGGGAUCGGAAUUGGUGUGGGACGAGGAUGGCGGAUUCAUCGCCCGAUUCGUGUUUCAAAGGAGGUAGAUUUUGCGCGCCAGGGUUUCGAUUUCACCCAACUGAUGAGGAGCUAGUGGUCUAUUAUCUGAAGAGGAAGAUCUGUAGGAGAAGGCUCAGAGUCAAUGUAAUCGGUGUGGUUGAUGUGUACAAAUGGGAUCCCGAGGAAUUGCCCGGCCAGUCACUGUUGAAGUCAGGAGACCGGCAGUGGUUCUUUUUCACUCCAAGGAGUAGGAAGUAUCCCAAUGGAGGUAGGUCAAGUAGAGGCGCUGCAAAUGGGUAUUGGAAAGCUACAGGAAAGGAUCGAACCAUCGUGUAUAAUGCCCGAGCAGUGGGAAUCAAGAAGACUCUUGUUUUCUACAGAGGCCGGGCACCUAAUGGUGAACGAACUGACUGGGUGAUGCAUGAGUACACAAUGGAUGAAGAGGAAUUUGGAAAAUGUCAAAAUGCAAAGGAUUAUUAUGCUCUUUACAAACUGUACAAGAAAAGUGGAGCUGGUCCUAAAAAUGGUGAACAAUAUGGUGCUCCAUUCCAAGAAGAAGAAUGGGUUGAUGAUGAUAAGGAAGACACAAAUAAUGCUGCUGAGCCAAUGCCUCUUGCUGUACAGGCUGAAAGUGCUGCUCAUGUGGACGAUGGUGUACUUACUCAUGAUGAUAUCGAGGAACUCCUCAAGGGAAUUGCAGAUGCACCUGAAGCUCCUCCAAGGCAAAUCAACAACCUUCCUUAUGCUUUUCCUCAGAUAAACAGCGAAGAAGAGAUUCAGAGCACAUUACUGAAUACCUCUUCUGGCGAGAUUCUCAUUCCCAAGCAAACCGGAGAGUUCAUGCCAAACAGUCAGCCUAAUGACAAGCACUUGACUUUUGACUCUCUUAUGUCGGCAAAAUCAUUCGUGGCUACUGAAGUCACAUCGACUACUCCCAAGACCAUGGAAGCAGUGCCUUUAAUGUUUGAGGAGGAAAAUUACCUACAAAUGGAUGAUCUUCUGAUCCCUGAUCUGGAUGCUUCUGCAGUUGAGAAACCCCUGUCACCCUUGAACACUGAUGAGUUCAGUGGCCUGAAUGAGUUUGACCUGUUGUUCCAUGAUGUCGCCAUGUCUUUUGAUAUGGAUCCUGUCUCUCAGGGAACAACUGUUAGUCUGUCUUCUAUAAAUGAUUUUGUUAACAACGCAGCAGACCCAGAGCAGCAGUACCCAUAUGAUCAGUUCCAGGAGCAGACUGUAGAGAGCCAGUUGAACAACCUCACAGAUCCAAGUGCAGUUGCUCCAGAUCAGUUCACUGGCGAUCUGUGGCUACAAGAAGAGAUGGCUCAUCUCGUUGAUGGAUCACAAUAUUAUUCUGAAGGACGUGCUUCACCAUCAUCAGGUGUGAUACAUGGGCCCACAAAUCCUCCUAUGGCCCCGGCUACCCAAGACCCGGGAGGCAAAAAUGGCCCUGGUGCUACGAGCCAGUUCUCUAACUCUUUAUGGACAUUAGUGGAAUCCAUUCCCUCCCCACCAGCUUCUGCGUGUGAGGGUCCUCUGAACCGGACCUUUGUGCGUAUGUCUAGCUUCAGCCGCAUCAGGUUCACUUCAAAAGCAAAUGGAACCUCUGUGGCUAGCAACAACACUGCCAUAGCAAAGAAGCCUAGCUCAAAUAGAGGUUUCCUUCUCUUAUCAAUCCUUGGUGCUUUAUGUGCCAUCUUCUGGGUGUUCAUAGCGACAGUUAGAGUCUCUGAGAGAUCCGUCCUAUCAUAGAAGCGUAUUGGAUUAUCUAACUGGUGGAGAUUUUGUAGAAUCAAAAACUCUAAUCUUUGGUAAGUUUAAGAGGAAAAAAUGGAACUCACUAGUGUUUCAGGGUUUGGCCGUGAAUCUUUAAUGUGUACAGAGUUUGAAUAACUAGAAAUAAGGAAGGAAGAAAAAAGAUUGUAUUUUUUUGUUUCUUUCUCUAAUGAUUAUCUGCACAUAUUGCCAUCUUUCUUGGUGACCAUAUAAUCAUAAGUGAAGAGAAGCAGAGACAGAGAGAGCAUGUCUUGUAGAUGGGUGUGGGGAUUCGGAUCAAUGGAAUCAAAGAGACUAUUUGAUCACAGGGAGAUUGAUCAUGGACCAUGAGUCUGCGUUCCACCAUAGCCGUCAAAGAUCUAACAGUGUUGUUGAGGAGCAAGUAGUAGCUGGAGAAGUGUAUCUCCUUUAUCUUACAAUCAGUCACAUUUGGGAUUCUGACACGUGUCAUGUUUCCUGAAUGGAUGAAUGCAAAAUAAACUCACUUGUCUC